AUGCAGGCGAUGGGGAACACUGAGCAGCCCGCGGAGAGCUACGAGUCGGAGUCCCUGGAGUCGGCCGAGGAGGAGCGCCCACACGAAGAGGAUGUCCCGGUGCCUGUGCUGAAGCCACGGGAACCCGAGAAGCCAGAGAAGGAAAUGAAACGCAAGAAGCACGAACGCUCCCGAGAGCGACGCGCACGGGAAGACAAGGGAAAACGAAGCAAGGAAGAGGAUCAGCCAGAGCGCUGGUCCCGUCGUCGAGAUGAGAAGGCCAAGACUUGUCUGCGAGACGAGGAGCAGCGUGAGGACAAGCGAAACCGCGGUGCGACCGCGGCAGAGUUUGUCCGUCCACGCGCGGCAUCAGCUCCACCUGCGUACGCCAGCGGCAGCAAGACCAAGUGUGGGAUCUGCGGGCAGACCACCACCGCUCACAGCAGUGGGCAAGAGCAACAUCGGCGCGCGAACCUGCUCUGCCUCUCAUGGCAGCACUGGGGUCGCCUGGCCAAGGACAGCCAAAAGCAUCCGUCCGCCUGGCAGAACUGUCAGGAACGCGCGGCCAAGGACCAAAGGAAAUACAUGGGAUGGGGAACACGCCCUGAGAAAGAGGAAGAAGUGGAUGUGUUGGUGGAUUCUGAUGAAGAAGAAGACCCGCCUGCGAGGCAGGGAGCCGCCUCGCGCCGCGCCACCAACAAGGCCACAUCCGUCCGGUCCAAGCUGGCCAAGAAGGAGAAGAAGAAGCGAGCUGCGCGUAAGUCUUCUUCCUCUCCGCCAGAGGUCAAACGCCCCAAGCACAAGAAGCCCAGGUCCACGUCCAGCAGUGACGGACCACGCCCGCGGCGUCGUGGAGGCCAGAAGAUCUAUGUCCAGGUUGGAUGA